AUGACAAAUUUAAUUCAAGAAGGUUCAAAAGUUAUACUUUAUUUAGGAUAUAAUAAUUUACAUGUUAUUAAAGCAAAAGCAAAUGAAGUCUAUCAAACAAAAUUUGGUGCUUUAAAACAUAAUGAUUUAAUUGGAAAAGAAUUUGGAAGUAAAAUCAUAUGUACAAAAGGUUAUGUUCAUGCAUUAUCAGUUAUACCAGAAUUAUGGACAUUGGCAUUACCACAUCGUACACAAAUUCUUUAUAUGGCUGAUAUUAGUUUAAUUCUACUUGAAUUAGAUAUUAAACCAGGUUCAAUUGUUAUUGAAGCAGGAACUGGUAGUGGAUCUCUAUCUCAUUCAAUUAUACGGUCUUUACGUCCCAAUGGUCAUUUAUAUACAUUUGAAUUUCAUGAACUUCGUUCAAAUUUAGCACGAAAUGAAUUUGAGGAGCAUGGUCUUUCACAAUUUGUUACAGUUCAACAUCGUGAUGUACUUUCGAAUGGUUUUGAACAUGAAAAUAUAGCUGAUGCAGUCUUUCUUGAUCUACCAGCACCAUGGAAUGCUAUAGAACAUGUGAUGAAAGUUCUAAAAAAAACUGGUGGUCGUUUAUGUACAUUUUCACCAUGUAUUGAACAAGUUCAACGUACUUGUCAACGAUUACAUAUGAAUAAUUUUGAAGAAAUAAAUACAGUUGAAUGUUUACGUCGUAUACAUGAAUUUCGUUAUCAACAUCGAAGUAAAAUUCGUUUUACUGCUGAUCAAAAUCAAGAAGAAAUAAUCGAUAGAAAAUCAAAUAAAAGAGAACCAGAUGAUGAUGAUGGGGAUGAAGAAGAAGAGACAACGACAAAUAAAAAACUUAAAAAUGAUUCAGAAGCAACAACUAAACGACAACCACAAGAAACAGAAUCAACAUUAACGGCUAUAGGUCCAUUAGUAAUGCCUGGUCAUACAGGCUAUUUGACUUUUGCUUAUAUUAAACAAGAAUAA